AUCAGUGAACAUAGUGUUUAAAAAAAAAUAAAAAUAAAAACACUAAUUUCCAGUGUGGACCCGGAAGAGGAACCGGUUUGUGCAGAGGUCACCGAGACCUCGCGGUGGAAGCCGGGACGUCUCCGGCGGACUGUGAGCCUGGUGCCUGGUGCGGAGGAAAGCUGCGUGUCCCCAGUGUCCGCUCCGGUCGCCCGGUUAGGAAUGCGCCUCACGAACCCGGUGUGUGGUCUCCAAUAGUUGACGAAACGCCAGCGGGGAGUGUGGUCUGAGAAGAGUCAUGGUUUGGCAUCGCUUCCUCCAUUAGUAUCUUAGCGUGCAAGCUUGAUUCACCGCUCCGUUGGUUCACAGCUAGGUCGCUAGCCUCAGCCUGUAGCAUAUAAUACCCGGUAUAUCGGGGAGAGGAGGAGGAGGAGGUGGUGGUGGCAGCAGCAGGCGGGGGGCCGGGAGACCGCGACGGGGUGGAAGUGAGUCAGGAGCGGCUGAUGAGUUCAGACCGGAGCGGAGAUCCGCCGCCGCUGCUGCAGGAGGAGGAGGAGGAGGCUGAUCCCGGACCGGAGACCGGGGGGAAGGACGAGGCUCCUCCGGGGAGCGAGGGAGGGUCAGGCGGCAUGGUCACCUCUAAGGGUGCUGGUUUGAACCCAAAUGCCAAGGUGUGGCAGGAGAUGCCUGUGGCCCCCAGCGAGGCUGUCACCAGCAGUUCUCAUUGGCCUCCCUCAGACAUCAGUGAAGGUUAUUCUGAGCCUUCGUCUGCUGGGUGCAAACAGUACACUGUGGGAUUCACGGCCCUGGAUGACGGCAGCUCCACAGCAACAGCUGAGAUAGCAGUAAAUGGAAUGGACCCUCCAGAGUUGGGCUUUUCCCCCGCUGAGUCCACAACCGGGACCUCAGCAGAUUCCAAAACUGAAGAACAGCCCGUCUCCUCCGAGAAUCUACGAGAGUCUCUGAAGAAAGAGCUGGAGUUUUAUUUCUCACGAGAGAACCUCUCGAAGGAUUUGUACCUGAUGUCCCAGAUGGACAGCGAUCAGUUCGUCCCUAUUUGGACUAUAGCCAGCAUGGAAGGUAUCAAGGUCCUCACCACGGACAUGGACCUCAUCCUGGAUGUGUUGAGAUCAUCUCCUAUGGUACAAGUGGACGAGAAGGGAGAGAAAGUGCGUCCUAAUCACAAGCGGUGUAUUAUCAUACUGAGAGAGGUCCCUGAAACCACCCCUGUUGAGGAAGUAGAGUCACUGUUCAAAAAUGACAACUGUCCGAAGGUGAUAAGUGUCGAGUUUGCACACAACAACAACUGGUACAUCACAUUCCAAUCUGACACGGAUGCUCAACAGGCUUACAAGUAUUUGAGAGAGGAAGUAAAAACAUUUCAGGGAAAACCCAUCAUGGCCAGGAUAAAGGCCAUCAACACGUUUUUUGCAAAGAACGGCUACCGUAGCAUGGACAGCAGCCUGUACACUCAGCAGUCCCAGAGCCAGUCCCAGUACAGCUCCCCCCUCUACAUGCAGCACGUCUACCCUCAGCAGCAGUACCCGGUCUACGGCAUCGUACCCCCAACCUGGACACCGUCGCCCACACCGUAUUUUGAAACUCCUCUGGCACCGUUUCCCAACAGCAGCUUUGUGAAUGGCUUUGGCUCGGCUGGACACUACAAAACCAACUCCAGUUCCCUCAACAUCACACGCCCCUUCAACAGAAACCGUGUGCCCCUCUAUUCAAGAAAGAAUGUAAUAAAUGCCUUCAGAAACCACGUGAAGCCCCCGGCGAGGACGGGCGAGGUCGCCCCGGCGUCCAUAACCCCCGUCCCCUUGGAGAGUCUGACCGGCCUGCGCAGUCCGCAGCCUCCCGCUCAGGUUGCUGCGGCGACCACCACUAACCCGGUCCAGACCGCCGCCGACCUGAGCUCGGCCUUCUCGCACCUGUCCUCCUCUUCCUCGUCUUUGGACCCCAGCGAUGACGGCGGCAUUGCGGGACGAGGAAGACGAAGCACAAACUACAGAGGAACACGAAGGAGGCGAGAAGACGAAAGGCUUACGAGGCCUGUGCCGUUAGCGGAUGUCAAGGUUUCUCAGCCCAAGUUCGACUUGGCCGCCACCAAUUUCCCCCCUCUCCCUGGCUGCGUGGUCAGUACGCAGGGGGAGCCAGUGCUAGAAAACCGAAUGUCGGAUGUUGUUCGUGGUUUGUACAGGGACAAGACAGAACAAGCCAAUAAAGAAGCCACUGUGAGCGCAGGUUCAGGCCAGGCCCCAGUCACAGAGGAACCUGUGGCCGUCUCAAGUCCUGCCCUGGCACCAGUGAAGUCUGCUACUCAACCACUCGCACCUUCGGUCCCUGGCAUCCCUCGUCAGGAGAAGAGGGUUGAACGGCCAGAGCCCCCGGCACCUAAAGCAACUCCACGCACACCUGUUCAAACCACCGUCAACUCGUCCCCCUCCACGCAACCGGUGCCUAACUCCAGGCCUCAGCCCCCUGCUGCCUCCACGCCUGCGACCCCCAGCACGCCCGCCCCUGCUACAGCCACCAUGCCCACCCCUGCACAGGAGCCCCGCAAACUCAGCUACGCCGAAGUGUGCCAACGGCCACCCAAGGACCCUCCUCCCCCCGCGGCCCCUGCCCCAGCUUCCUCCGGCACCGCGUCGGGCCAGCCGUUGCGCGAGCUGCGCGUGAACAAGGCUGAGGAGCUGGGCUCCGGCAGUGGUCCCGGAGACAAGCAGGAGAAGGGCCACGACAGGGAGGGGCCGUGGGAGUGCAAGGAGAGCCGGCCCCCGCGCGAACGUGACUCACAAGGCUACUACCGCAGCAACGGCCCCCGAGGCUCCGGGGGCCUCAAGUUCCGGGACCAGAGGCGCCCGCCCCCAGCCCGACGCAGCUCCCCCCAGGGAGGCUACAGGCACACUGGCAAAGAGCAGAAUAUCCCACCAGUAUCGCCAAAGUAAAAAAAAAGAAAAAGAAAAAAAAACUUGAUAUGAGUAGAAAAAAAAGAUGUAUGAAUAUAUACAUGGAUAUAUAUAAUUAUAUAAAAAUGAAUAACAUAAAAGCAACAACAUUAUGGUAGCCGCCUUUUCCCCCCCUGGAACUUGUCCAAAGAAAAGCUUUUAAAUGACAAUGAGACUGUGACAACCAGGACUCGAGGGCAAAGUGACAACUGAAGAACUUUGACGAGUGAUUGGAAAAGGAAACGGGGAAAUAAUAAAAAAAAAAAAAUCUUGUUCUGGCCUCCGGCAUUAUGCUUAAAAGAAUUUAAGUGCGAUUUCUCUGGAGGCCAUUCAUUUACGCUCUGCUAGGGAGAGGUGGGAUGCUGGGCCGCGUACCGGGCCCUCUACCUUUUUUCGUUUAAUUUUAAAAAGAAUAGAUGUUGGUCUGCAAGAACAAUAUGCACUAAGAAGAAAAGAACAUGCAUAUAUGUCAUGUACAUAUACAAAGAUAUCACUAACACGCAACGAGACAUCAGUUUGUUUUUUUUUCUUGUGUGCUUAGGUUUGCAAGUAUGACUGAAGGGUUGACUGAUGUCCAUGUAUGCAUUGAUUGUUAAGCAAAAUGAUUGAAGUGCUACAUAGUGCUGUCGCACUGUUGUAAUGAAAACGGAUGAUUUUUACAUCAGAGAUUCAGAAUCAUUGUCCCCAAAAAAAAAAACUGGACGGUGUGAUCUUCUAAUGUAUAUUAAUCAAAUGUGUUCUAUGGUGGUAUUUUGAUCCUGGUUCGUGAUCGGCUUAAACGCCGUCAGAUAUAAGAAGCUGUUGAUGUACGCCGCAGUCAGAUGUGUGGUUUUGUUUGAAGCCGAAAAAAUACGCUUUGGGGGUGCUCGCCGACUUCGGUGAACCUGCUAGCCUGGUCCAAAGUUUUUCAUGUUGAGUUGUAUCUCUUUCUAUCUGAAGUGUUUUGGGUCUGCCCACUCCAAUGGAUUCAGAGCAUUAUCACGUUGAUAAUCAGUCAGGUUUUUUGUUUACAUGUUUGUUUGGGUAGUAGGUUGUUUUUGUUUUGUUGUUUUUUUUUUUUGUUUUUUUUGUUUUCUUUUUUCAUGAGGAUUUAAAGAAAAUAAUAAAGAGUGGUUAGGUUAAUACUAAGAUUUGACUGUUCAGUUCGCCUGGUGGUUUAGGUGAGUUUUGGCUUUUUCUACAUCAUCACAGGAUAUCCAGGUUAAGCUUAUAUCUGUGAAUUGUUCUAAACAAAGGACGUACAAAAAUAGUGAGUGGUGCCGUUAGCUUGAGGAUGAUAGCGAUGUGACAUCUGGCAGCCAAGUCGUGGGUAUAAAUAAAAAAAAAUUGGAACAUUUUCACGUGCUAUGUGCCAGCUGCCUACGAUCAUAGCCUGCUAGGAUUUUAUUUUUGUUGAAGAGGUCUGCUAAAUAACGUAGUCUUGGGGAAACUUUCGGCCCAGUAAAACUGGAUUUUGAAGAAGCUGUAGAGGUGUAGUUGCCUAUGCUAUAUUGUAAUAACCCUUCACUAGAAAUGUAUGCGGGAGAAUGUAAUUGUUCUAGUCAUGAAUUAACGGAGGGAAGCUUUCGACAGCAGGUAUCCGCCAGAUUGUUUUGUGCGUUUAGGGUGAGUUUGCUGAUUUUUAUUUUCCUUUUUGUUUUUUUUCCUCUUAAUUUCCUUUUUUUUUUUUUUUUUUUUUUAACUUUUGAAAAACAAACAGGUUGACUUAGAAUUUGAAGUUUGACUCACUGUAUGUAUUUGCUUUUUAAAAAUUUAUUUAUUUUAAUUCUAAUGCGCAACGCUUUUUUCUCCCAAUCUUGGUAGGCUGGUUUCCCCAAAGUUGUGUGAAAUCGCAUUGGCAAAAUAAAAUCACGCAUAUGACAUUUAUACACUGAUCGAGAUGUCAGCUGAGAGAAAAAUACUUGAUGCAUCGGGUUUAGUAAUGCAGUAAACGAGUAUCAAAUCACUGGGGCUGUUUAUUUUUAUUUUUUUUUUUUUUCCAUUAAUGAGUAUGAGCAGCUAGUGAUUUAGUAUAAUUAAAUAAAUGCACUAACUUGUUUUUAAAAAGGAUCUUACUCAUGAGUAAUGUGAAAUCAUUUUAGAAGCAUAUGGUUGAUGUUGACAGGCUUGCAAGUACCUACAGGAAUUGCUCUCCAUAUGUUUGCGUUCUUUUUCUGUUAAUUUCGGUUUGGGGUGGCAAAAAAGGAAAUGUAGAAAUGGAUCAACCAAGUGUUUGAGACACAAUCUUAGAACUGUAUGAAAUGUCACCAAAAAUAAAUUAUUUUGAUUUGGC